AUGGAGUUUCUCGGGCCGCGACAGUUCUACAAGGCGAUGCUGGGCACUCGCCCCGCGCUCUACCCGCCCAAGUGGGGCAAGUGGGGCGAGCGGGGGAGGUCGGGCAAGAGGGUGCGCGUGCAGCAAGACGAGACGAGCUCGGACACCGAGGACGGCUCGGACGACCCCGCCGCGGCGGUGGACCUGGAGGAGGCCCGCAGGCAGCGCCGCCGGGAGCAGGCCGUGUGGCAGGCCAUCCGGCACCUGCUGUCCGGGCAGCCGCGCGGCCUGCCGCUCGGAGAGCUGCCCGGCCUGCUGGAGUCGGUGAACGUCCAGAACUUCUCGCCCGAGAGGUGCGGCUACUCGAGCCUGGAGCGGUUCGCCCGCGGCCUGCCGCGUGACGUCCUCCGCUACCACGCCAAGGAGCAGGUGAUCUGCCUGCCGAGAUGA